GCGCGCGCCCGAGCCAUGGCCGACUACAUCCACGUGCCCCCCGGCGCCCCCGACGUGCCCCGCCUCGACGUCACCGUCCGCCAGCGCGGGGGAGCGGGAGCAGCCGGCGGCGGCGGCGGCGACGAGGACGACGACGACGACGACGACGAGGACGACGAGGGCCGCUGCCGCCGGGGAGCCCUCAGCCUGCUCCGCCACCUGCGGCCGCACUGGGACGCCCGGCACGUCACGCUGCAGCUGUUCACGGACGGGAUCACCAACAAGCUGAUCGGCUGCUACGUGGGCGACAGCAUGGAGGACGUGGUCCUGGUGCGGAUCUACGGCAACAAGACGGAGCUGCUGGUGGACCGCGAGGAGGAGGUGAAGAGCUUCCGCGUGCUGCAGGCUCACGGCUGCGCCCCCCAGCUCUACUGCACCUUCAACAACGGGCUGUGCUACCAGUUCAUCCAGGGCCGGGCCCUCGACCCCGAGCACGUCUGCAGCCCGCACAUCUUCAGGCUAAUAGCACGUCAGCUGGCUAAAAUUCACGCUAUCCAUGCGCACAAUGGCUGGAUUCCCAAAUCUAAUCUUUGGCUGAAGAUGGGGAAAUACUUCUCCCUCAUUCCCACAGAAUUCGCCGACGAGGAGAUUAAUAAAAGGUUCCUCGAGGACGUGCCGAGCCCCCGGGUCCUGCAGGAGGAGAUGGCGUGGAUGAAGGAGUACCUGUCCAGCCUGGGCUCGCCCGUCGUCCUCUGCCACAACGACCUGCUGUGUAAGAACAUCAUCUACAACGACAAACAGGAUGACGUCCAGUUCAUCGACUACGAAUACUCGGGCUACAACUACGUGGCGUACGACAUCGGGAACCAUUUCAACGAGUUCGCAGGAGUGAGCGAAGUGGACUACGGCCUCUACCCGGAUAAGGACCUUCAGGGGCGGUGGCUGAGAGCCUACCUUGAGGCCUACAAGGAGUACAAAGGCUUCGGGGUGGACGUGACGGAGAAGGAGGUGGAGGUGCUCUACAUUCAAGUCAACCAGUUCGCGCUGGCCUCUCACUUCUUCUGGGGACUGUGGGCUUUGAUUCAAGCCAGAUAUUCCACCAUCGACUUCGAUUUCCUGGGGUACGCCAUCGUCCGCUUCAACCAGUACUUCAAGAUGAAGCCCGAGGUCACCGCGUUAAAAGUGCCCGAGUAGAGAAGAGCCGGCGGCGGCGUCCUCCGCGGCCCUGUAGAGAACAGAUGUCGGAAAGCGAA